GAUUACCACCAUCAGCCAACUUCCCCAUCUUACUACAAUCAACAAAAACCAAAAACCAAAAAAAAACAAAAAAGGGAAGAGAUACGAUGCUCUCGACAACCAUCAAACGACCACUCAUAUCAACACUCUCAAGAAUCACCCAGAGCAGUAACACCCCUGCACUCUCACUACUCCGAUCGAGCCCAUCAGGAGGACCAAGCCAUCAUCAGUCGCACCGAUCGUCCCUCUCGAGCUCCAGCCAAUCAUCAGCCUCCUCGUCAAUCCCUAAUAACCCUCCUCUUACUACCAACUUGCCCAAUGUGGUCGAAGACUUGCAUGGCCAAUCCGCCGAAUCCAUCCUCGCCGAAGGGCAGGGUAAAAAACACGGAACUAUGAGACAUUUCACAGUGAACUUUGGUCCUCAACAUCCUGCCGCUCAUGGUGUAUUAAGAAUGAUCUUGGAAAUGAAUGGGGAAGAGAUCUUACGUGCAGAUCCUCACAUCGGAUUGCUACAUCGCGGUACCGAAAAACUAAUCGAAUAUAAAAAUUAUACACAAGCCUUACCAUAUUUCGAUCGAUUGGAUUACGUAUCAAUGAUGACCAAUGAGUUAUGUUACUCUAGAGCAGUCGAAAAGCUGUUGAAUAUCGAGGUACCUGAUCGCGCGAAAUGGAUCCGAACCAUGUUUGGUGAAAUCACUCGAAUCCUCAACCAUCUUAUGGCCAUUCUAACUCAUGCAAUGGAUGUUGGAGCAUUGACACCAUUCUUAUGGGGUUUCGAGGAGCGAGAAAAGCUGAUGGAGUUUUAUGAGCGAGUGUCGGGGGCGAGAUUACAUGCGGCAUAUGUGCGACCGGGAGGGGUCGCGUUCGACCUACCGCACGGCUUACUAGACGACAUCUACAUAUGGGCGACGGCGUUCUCGGAUCGAGUGGAUGAAUUUGAGGAGGUUUUGACGGAGAACAGGAUCUGGAAGGAACGGACGAUCGGGAUCGGCAAGGUCUCGGUCAACGAUGCUCUCAAUUACGGCUUCUCGGGCGUCAUGUUGAGAGGCUCGGGUGUCCCAUGGGACAUCCGUAAAAGUCAACCCUACGACGCUUACGAUCAGGUUGAGUUCGACGUCCCUGUCGGUAAAAAUGGCGAUUGUUAUGAUCGUUAUUUGUGUCGAACCGAAGAAUUUCGUCAAUCUUUAAGGAUCAUUCAUCAAUGUUUGAAUAAGAUGCCAGCAGGACAAAUCAAAGUAGACGAUUACAAACUAACACCACCACCAAGAGCGACGAUGAAAGAGUCAAUGGAAGCAUUAAUCCACCAUUUCAAGCUCUUUUCUGAAGGCUACAAUGUUCCUCCGGGGGAGACUUAUUCGGCUAUUGAGGCACCUAAGGGUGAGAUGGGUGUCUAUCUCGUCAGCGAUGGCUCGAAUCGUCCUUAUCGUUGUCGUAUCCGGGCCCCUGGUUUCGCUCAUCUAGCUGGCGCUGACUUCAUGUCCCGACACCACUUCUUGCCCGAUAUGGUUGCGAUCAUUGGAACGAUGGAUUUGGUGUUUGGAGAAGUUGAUCGAUGAAUAACAUUUUCAACUAUAUUAUUAUUGACUUCUUACCAUCCUUUCUUCAUUUUCCGUCUUCCUCUUCUUAACAUUUCUUCUUUCUAUUUUCCCUUGUGUGUUUUUUGUAAUGCAAUCAAAUUUGAAACAGAAAAAGUAGGAAAAUUUAUCCAAGGAACCUUUUUUUAUUUCC